AUGCCACGAGUCGACCAGAUGGUGGCUGUGCGUGCUGGGUAUGCGGCUUGCUGGCUGACGCAGAAGCAUGCGAGGGAUGCGGAGAACCACACGGUACGCAUGGGCGCUCCCGCAGCGAUGUAUCGCGCAGCUGUGUGGGGCGACCGCACUGACACGCGGGGCGAUGCACAUAACCACCCACUUUGUUGCUGCUGCCGGGUUGUGCCCACAUAUGUUCAGUGGAACUCCCGGCAUCGCUGCUCAAGGGAUGUCUGCAGCUGUUGCCGGCGAGGCUGGCCAUCUUCUUCUCCCUUUUUCUGCUCUCUGUGCACCGUGUCCGCCGUUGUCUCUCCCUUUUUCUCUGCCGUAGGAAUUCACAGGCGACACAGCAGGACAGUCGCAAGGCAGCGGGUAUGGCGGUGCGUUGGGGGCGGCGAGGCGGCCGUGCGCAGUUGGGCUUGCGGCCCUCUGCUGCGCCGUCGUGCCUUGCUGUUGUCUCUCUUCUUGUGCUGCUGUUGCUGCUCGUUUUUCCAUGUGCCGGUGCCAGGUCCGCAGUUUCCAGGGCGUCGUUAA